GGUGUGGUUACAAGUGAAUGUCUGAAACAAAAUGUCAAUGACUCAAUGUGUCAAAUUCAACAUCAACACGAAAAAAAAACUAUAAUAAAAAUAAAUUGAAAGUCACAACAAUACAAAAUAUCAAUAUUACAUGAUUCUAUCACUUUGUUUUAGUUAUAUAUUAGACAAUACGUACAAAUUGCAGUGAGUGUUGAAAUGGGGAACUCUAGUAUUAAGCAGCAUUAUGAAACUGCGUCGAAAACAGGUGUUUUACAAUUGUCUGAUUACAAGCUGAAAGAAAUACCUGUAGAAGCUCUCAAUUUAAGUGAUAAAUUAAGAAAUUUAGAUUUAUCGAAGAACAAAUUAUCAUCUUUACCCAAUGACGUAUGUAAAUUCAAGUUGUUAAAGCAACUAAAUCUAGACACAAAUAGAAUAGAAACCAUUCCAGAUUCUUUAGGCAAUAUGAAGAAGCUUGAGAUGUUUAAUAUGUCUAAUAACUUAAUAACAUUCCUACCAGAGUCUUUUGCUAAGCUGAGUAACUUGAAACAAGUGUAUUUGAGUAAUAACAGGAUAAAGGAGUUUCCGACACAUUUGUUAGGUCUUCAUAGCUUGGAGGUUGUGGACUUAUCUCAUAAUAAGAUAACGGAGAUACCUAAAGGAAUGUCGGAGUUGUAUGCGGCUGAGCUUAAUCUGAGUCAGAAUGAGAUAUCAACUAUCAGUGAAGACAUGCACCUGGCUCCUAGACUGAAGAUAUUGAGGCUUGAAGAGAAUUGUUUGAGUUUAGAUGCGAUCAGGCCGAGUUUGCUGAGGGACUCUAAAAUGCAUACCAUCAGUUUGGAUGGUAAUUUGUUUGAGCAAAAACAGUUGGUGUCUGUUGAAGGAUAUAAUGAAUACACGGAGAGGUAUACUGCAAUGAAAAAGAAAAUGUUUUGAGGAUAUACAUGGUCAUGAAAUUUCCAAAAUCAAAUGUUUAAAAUAUCAUUUAACACUAAAGAUUAAUAUUUUAAUGUGUAUAAGGACACUUAUCUUGUAAUAAAUUA